CCCCCGGAAUAAAAAAACCUUUCCACUGCGUUCUGAUUCAGGUAGGAAGUCAGUCAGUGGGAGAUGGGCUGAAAAUUCAGUAUAGUGUUGCUUAGGUCUUUCUCUGCCUCGUAACUCAACAUUUUCCGCAGUGAAGAAUUGAUGUAAUGUGCAGGCUCAGAAAUGCCUUAUGUGGAUCGGCAGAAUCGUAUCUGUGGGUUCCUCGACAUUGAGGAGAAUGAGAACAGCGGCAAGUUCCUGCGCAGGUACUUCAUCCUGGACACGCAGGAAGGCAGCCUGGUCUGGUAUAUGGACAACCCCCAGAACCUGCCCACUGGAACGCAGCCUGUUGGAGCACUCAAACUAACUUAUAUUUCUAAGGUCAGCGAUGCAACGAAGCAAAGACCAAAGGCAGAGUUCUGCUUUGUUAUUAAUGCAGGGAUGAGGAAAUUCUUCUUGCAAGCCAAUGAUCAGCAAGACCUGGUUGAGUGGGUUAAUGAGCUGAACAAAGCUACCAAAAUCACUGUACCAAAAUCGUCUGAUAUGCAACAGAAUUCUGAAAACCAAAAAAGUCCCUUGGAGUGUCCAGGUGCCAAGAAGCAGGUCUCCUAUAAGACUGAAAUCAUUGGGGGUGUUCCCAUAAAAACCCCCACACAGCAGGAGGGAGGUGAGGGGUCAGAGGGGGCAGACAGGGGCGGGUUGAAGCGUUCCUUGAGCCAGCUGCCGUACUUCAUGGGCAAAGCUGCUCAGGACCAGACCGUGGUCAAAGCUGGCUACUGUGUCAAGCAAGGAGCUGUGAUGAAAAACUGGAAAAGAAGAUAUUUCCUAUUAGAUGAAAACUCAGUCAGUUACUUCAAAUCAGAGCUGGAUAAGGAACCCCUCCGAAUGAUCCCCCUCAAGGAAGUGAACAAAGUGCAGGAGUGUAAACAGAGUGAUAUAUUGAUGAGAGACAAUCUAUUCGAAGUAGUAACAACUUCAAGAACCUUUUUUGUACAGGCGGACAGCCCGGAGGACAUGCACAGCUGGAUCAAGGCAAUCUCAGGGGCCAUUGUCGCCCAGCGUGGCCCAGGCAGAUCAGCAGCUACUAUGCGGCAGGCCAGGCGGCUGUCAAAUCCUUGUAUACAGAGGUAUACAUCCCGAAAUGGUGAAUGCAGCACACACACCCCUCCUCUUUACAGGAGCACAGCAACCAUUCCUCCUCAAACCCUUCCUUCUUCAUCCGCGACCAAGGCCCCCCAGUCCCUCGCUCGCCAAUCUCUGCGGCGGCAGCCAACCCCCCACCAUCUUUUCCGCAGUACGCCUUCCCUGCACCCCCAGACACUCUCCACAAACAGCCUGGCCUGGAAAAGCGAAGACUUCAUGAAUCUCCUUCCAAGACCCUGCAUCCAGGGAAGCACUCGAUCCCGGCUUUCCCUGCAGGAGACCCAGCUUCCAAAGUGACUCCCUGCACGGCUACCCCGGGGACGCCGCAAAACCGCGGCAGCAACGGUGGCAGCACUCCGGAAACUCCCUCUGAGCACGUCGACCUGGAUGAUGAUAAUUUGCCCAUCAGUGACGUCUGACUUUGUAGCACGUAAUGGUUGUGGUGUUUGGGUGUGUAGUGGCUACAGGAAGAGUACUGCCAGUUCAGCCCUAGUUUUGUAAAUAUAUGGACCUGAACGUGGGAACCAGAGGAAGAGAGAAACUAAUUUGGAUAUUGUCACAAAAUGAAAACAAAAAAUAAAGUAAUAACUGUAGGAGAGUCCUGUUGGAGUUGUUGCAGAACACGGCUGCUUCUUUUUAUUUGUUUUAUAUAAUUCUGUUGAUGUAAUCUAAUUAAAGGGGUAAUGGCUGUGUACCGUGACACAGCCAAAAAGGGUCUUAAGAUGCCCUCUGAGACAAAACCUGACCAAAUCUUGCAUUUGUAGAAUUCCCUUGUGGUUCUGGUACCUCAGCUGUUAUCAGGGAGGCGCCUUGUCCUGUAACAGGGUUUCAUUUGGAGAGGGAGGCUUUGGCAGUCGAUGUUCGAUGGGGUUUCCACGUUAUCGGGUCAGUCAAUGUAUUGGGGGGGGGGGGGGUGGAAAUGGUGGCGACACACCGUUAAGGGGUAUAUAUUGUACAAGUCCUUAUGGAAGAAUGGUUGAGAGAUGAAGUUAAUGUGACACCCAAAAUGUGUAGGAUAUUUUUUGCUAAUUUUUUUUUUUUGUAUGAAAACCAAAAAUACUAUUGCAAGACAGGAGACCUAGUGUUGAAUUUGUAAUAACCCCAAAGUUAUUUUGUGCUACAAGCAUAGCAUUUUACCCUUAAUGCUUCCCUGCGUUGCACUCCUAAGGAGCACUCUCUCAGUUUUAACCCAGUCGUCUAGACCAGUAGCUAAUGGAUUUCUAAUUUAGAAGUAAUUUAUUCUGCUGUAUUUCUUUAAUAUUUGAUCCCAUUGGUUGCCGAAUGCCAAAUUUAUAAUCCUGUUUAAUAGUAAAACUAUUAACAGGGUAUAGUAAGACAUAUUACUAAUGCAAGAGCCCUUCGAAUUACUUUGUGCUUCGGUCAUCGACACCUUUCCUGCUAGUAUAUUUGCUCUGUAGGAUUUCACAGCAAAUUCAGCUUCUGCCUUGGCUGUUGCCACAGAGCCUUAAUCUUUUAAAUAAAUAUCCACCAAACGCAAGUUUUAUUUUGAAACAAGGAACUAAGCAACACAUUAAAAAUAAAUAAAUAUCCAAGAGUAUAUAAUAUGUCUUUGACAGAAUGAUUAUCCGUUAGACCUCAGCACAAGACUGCAGUUUGUUUCAUGUAUGUACAUUACAUACAGUAAGUGUAAGCCUCUGUUGUAGAUUAUUUGUUUUGUACAUUUUUUUUAAUGAUGAUAAAAUGCUUGUGGGUUUUUUUUCGUGUGCCUCUGCUGACAAGCAUGUGGGUGAUUUCUAUCUUUGUGGCCUGUCAUUUUGUUGCACUGAUGUUGUAUAGCUGUAAAGUGCCUUUGUCUCCUUUCUAUAAAAGCUUCUGGUAUUAUGAUUUUGUUGGAAAUUGUGCACCUGCUGUUUCUGAUUUAUUUUUCUUAAAAAUGUGUAUUUUUACCUGGAGUUUAACCAUAGUUUAAAUAUAUUGAUCACAGUGGAGAAAACAACUCUUACACUUAAAAUCAGUUGCCAAUUGUUUCACAGUACUUGUGGUGUGUGUGUGUGUGUCUCCUAUCUAUCUAUGUAUCUAAUUUGUGCAAUAUGGGUUUAAAGAUUUAAGUGUGUGUGUGGUUAUGGUAAUAAUGAAUGAAAAAAAUGCAAAAAUCACAAUUGUUUUAGAUGCAACACCUACUAAAUGGGUAGACUCCAGUCUGUUGACCCUGGCAGGCUUAUUACUUUAGAAGAAGUCUUGAAUCCCAAAUUUAUAUUUGUAUAUGUAUGUUUGUAGUGUUUUUUUUUUUUUUGGUUUGGUUUUGUUCGGUAAAUGUCCAGUAGAUUGUAAUAAAGUUAUCAAACUGUGUAACGUUUUCCAAGUUAGGGACCCGUUCAUUUUCAAAACUAGUUUGAAAAAUGAAGGUACAUUACAACAGGUUUUUUUAUUUAAGUUUUUUAUAUAGUAUAUACAAAUACAAACUCCAAAGGUGUUGCGAUUCAAAGACUUUUUUGUUUCGCUGUUUCAUAAGCUACUGACAGUUUGCAUCAAUAUAAAAUUAAAUAGAAGGCAAUAUUAUCUGUGUCUGUCUUCCCCAUCCCUUUUUUUAAAGGCUAAGGUAUUUAUUGGACACUACAGAUGAAAAGUUGCUGCUUCUUUCUAAACCUAAUCUUUUGAGUAGUUCAAAUUCAUACAGCAGUUUAUCCAUAGCAUUGUAUCUGAAAUCUUUGCAUAUCCUGAAACUAAACAAUAAAUGGUGGGACCUGUAAUAAUAUCAAUAAAGCUGAUUUGAAUAUAAUACAAGUACUGGUUAGAAUUCCUUUUAAGUGAAAUAUUUGAGUUGCUUUUGUGCGACAUAGCAUACUACCUGUUGAAAAAGGAAAGGACAUCUUCACAAAAAAUACCUAAGAGCAAGGCCACAAUUUUUAGUACUGUAAAUCAAAAAUAAGCUAAGAGAUUUAAAAAAAUAAACUCAGGAAACUUUUUUUGCGAUAACCCAUUUAUUUAAAUUAUGCGACUGUGCAUCAGUUACAGUGUAAAGUAAUUUUCACUUUAUCUGAACAAAAUUGGAUCUGUAUAAAAUCUGUGGCAUUAAUAAAGUGAUAUAUUUGGCAUGGAACACGCGAGAGGCUGGAAGUCCUCCAGAUCAUAACAUUUCUUAUCAAUAACUGACCAAAACCAAAUUGUUUUAAAUGUAAAGCAGCUAAGUUGGUGCUAAUACAGUUUAAUUGCUAAUCCUUCUAAUAAAAAUAAAAAAUGAAGAGUAAUACCAGUAUUUAAAGAAAAGUUUGUUUCUUCUACCAUGACAACAAUCAUAUGAUUUGAGUUUUUAAGUUAUGAACAUCAAUUUUUAAUGCAUCUUAACAGUCAUCAAUUCAGUAGCUAAGGGGCAGACUGUUUUCAUAACGAAACAAAAAAUAUAUAUAAAUUGUUAAACCACAAUGAGGUGUCAAAAGUUGGUUAACACAGCACACCAAAAAUGGUCAAAGUUGGUGACAGCUUACAAGCUUUCAGUUUCAAUUUGAUCCUUUUUUUGUGGUUCUAGAAUACCAUUUAUUCGUGCACUGUGUGGUAGUCCGGUGCUGUGUUGGGACAUUGUAUUGGUGGAUUACCCGGUAUAGUACAGCUGUAAAUUCCAAAGCAAUAAAAACUGACUAGCUGUUCAGGGUGGGAGGAGUUGUGAUCUAAUUUGGCUUAAACCAGCCAAUCCAAAUAUACUGGCUUAAAAAAAAUAAAAAUAUUUGAGACCAGGGUAGAUCAAUAAAAAUAAAAUAUAAAUCUCAUACUGUCCGCUUUAAAACUAGUGUUUAACGAAUCACUGCCUCAAAUGAAACACAUACUGUAAUAGUUAAUAUACAUUUGUUUGUUGUUUUUGUGUAGUUAAAACCAUUGCUUUGCGCACUUGAUGUUUUUCAAACCUGUGCGUGAUUAUUGUUAGAUAUCCAGUUUAUAAUAUAUGUUGUGUGUUGCACUAUGGCUUUGUUCCUCAAGUGAUGUGGCUGCUUUUAAUAUUGCAUGUGUUUUGCCAAGGCAAACCUUGCAAGCACUAGGGUUUGUAUAAAUGUGGAUGUAACGUCUGUACAGUGGGUGCACAGCUCAUUUCUGGCUUGUUUUGGUCUGUAACUGCAAUGUUAUUUAUCUGUUGCUACACAUUUUAUAAAUCUAUGAGAGUUGUUCAGAUGGGUUUUUUUUUUUAUAAAUAAUAAUAAUUAAAAUCCACUAAUGUCAAAAUAAUCCUAUUUAGUCUAAAACAAAAAUGUAACCUUCACAUAGUUUUUUAAUGUAGGUGUUUAAAAGUAAUAAACAAUAAUACUUUUCUUGGUGUGUUUUAAUGUUUUUUUUAUUUUAGUGAUGUCAUUCUCUUUAUACAGUAGGUGGUUCUGAUCGUUUUGUGUUGUGCCUUUAUCAAAUUUUCAGUAUGAUAACCAAGGUUUUAAAAUAAAUAUAAAUAAUUCACUUUCA